CACUAAAGGUUUGCAAAGCCGUUUUUAUCAAAUAUAUCCAAUUCUUGAGAAGCUUGGCAUAAUUUUCAUAAAUGAGGAAUUCGAAAACAAUAUAGCUCAUUUAGAGACAAGGCUCUCGGCAGAUGUUUGCGAUAUAAGUGAUAUAAAAUCUGUCUUAUUAUCGUUAAACACAAAUGAAGAAUGUAAUUUGGACAUGAAUGAAAUAGAGCUUAUCAUAAAGUAUUUAUCUUCUUACUUACGCAUAACCCCGUCUCUUGCCAAGGAUCAUAUUGAAAUUAUAAAACGCUUACCAAUUUUUAAAGAGGUUGGUAAAAGUGAGACCACGAGUCUAAAUUUCAAGGAAAAUGUUUCUUGGUUCCUUCUGCCAAUAGAUGAUGAAAAGGACUAUGGUAAGAUAAUCGCACCCAAGGAAUUUAGGUUUCUUGAUACAACAACAUCUAUGGAUAUACGUUAUUUACUAGAGGAUAUUAUCAAAAUUCAGCGUUUAUCACAAGUUGAUUAUUGGAUAACUUACGUGAUAGGGUAUUUGAAAUCUAGCCACAAUAGAGAUAUUGUGGAUGUGGUUGAAAAACUUUUUGAACGAUUGCCAAAGCUUUUUUUUUCCGACAAAUCGCUAGUAAGCAAAUUGCGCAAUAUUCCUAUUGUGCCUUGCGUGACAACUCGAGUGGCUCAAGGAAAACAAAACCUUGACCCAAUCAA